AUGGGCAUGCCAAAGGACAGGCUAGCCAGCUUUGGAUUGUUCUUGACUCCACUCCAAAUCAUGCUCCCUUGGAUGAUAGGAAAGUGGACAGCUGGACCUAGGCCACUUAAUAUUUUUCUGCUGGCAUAUCCAUACAGGUUAUUUGUUGGAGGCAUAUUCGCUGCGCUUGUGUACUUUACGCCCUCGUUUAAGCUCGAUACGGGUAAAUUCAGUAACAGCGUUUAUGUAGUGUGGAUUAUUGGAUAUGUCUUCCAUCAGAUAGCGACGUAUUGCAUGUUUGUGUCAAUGAUGGCGUUCAACGCACAAGUUUCUGAUCCACGGAUUGGCGGCACAUAUAUGACAUUGUUAAACACUCUCAACAAUCUUGGUGGAAACUGGCCUGUGACGUUAAUCCUAUCUGUGACAGAUUGGUUCACUUGGAAAGAAUGCGUCGUGAAGGGUACUAAACAGUGA